GUAAUCUGUUGUUUUUCAUGUUGUCAAGAUAUUUGUCAUGCUUGUUUCUUGAGGCUUAACCUAACCUGAGUAGAUGCACCAUAAUACAAAAUACUUUGAAGAAGAAUAUGGCAACAGCUAAAUCCGAAGCUGAUUCAAAAUUAUUGCAAAUUAUUGGAAUUGAGCAAUUGAAAGAUAAAGAAUCAACGACUGUGCUAAAAUACAAAACAAUACAUGAAAAAAUCCCAAAUGAGAAGACAGCAAGGUUCAUGUUUCCAGAUCCAGAAUCAUUCAAGGUAAAGAGGAAGGCUAGAAAAGGGGAAUGGCUAGCAGAGCAAAAAGAAGGAGGGCAGACUUUUAAGCAGUUUCAAAAUCACAUCAUAUCCAGACCCUGUGGGCGUAAAAAGACCAUCUACCUUAUCCCAUUAGGUUUUGAAGAGGAACCUGUUCCAAAGAGUAUCCUAAAGCCCCUGUCAGAGUAUGCUAAAAUUUUCUUUGAUUUGCCAAUCAAAAUUGGCAAACAAAAAUAUAUGGUAAAGGAUGUACCCAACAGAAUCAAUGAAUUCACUAACAAUUUUCAAGUGGAUGCAUCAGCUGUUCUGAAGAAAAUGGAGAUCCCUAUGGACGCUUUCUGUGUGGCUGGGAUAACAAUGUGUGACCUUUACCCCCGAGAGUCGUGGAACUUUGUCUUUGGACUGGCAAAUUUGUCAGGUCUUUCUGGUGUGUAUUCACUAGCUAGAUACCUGUCUAACUUUGGCACUUCAAGAAAUACUGUUUACAACCCUGAUUUAGAAAAAGGGGGAGAGGCAACCAUCUUAAGAAGAGCCUGCAAAGUGAUGUGUCAUGAAAUAGGCCACAUGUACGGACUAAGACACUGCAUCCAUUUUGAAUGUCUGAUGAAUGGUUCUAACCACUUAGAGGAGGCAGAUAAGAGGCCUACAUUUCUCUGUCCACUGUGUCUCAACAAACUGUACAGCAUUAUGAAGUUUGAUGUAGAAGAAAGAUACAAGAAAAUGCUUGAGUUUUGGAAAACCCAUGGACUACCUGAGGAAGUGGAAUGGUUAGAACAGCGACUAGCUAUUGUUUCCUCAGCCCUGUGAAUAAGGCUAAAGGGGAAAGAAUUUUAUAGUGUUCAAAAACCAGCAACUUAAAUUAACAUUGUCAAAUAAUAUUAUGCAAUUUUUUGUGUAAUUCUAUGUAUUUUCAACAAUGGUUGUUCUUUGUAUUAAUGUUAAUAAUGUUUUUUUUUUUAAGUUGUGAGUUUUUGUCGGAAUCUCAAAUAAUGUCUGGAAAUCAAGUACAAUUAAGAUUUCCUUCUAAGGAAUCCAGCCAUGGAGAAAUGCCAUUUAGAGGGAAUAUUAAAUUAUAAUGAUCUUUCUAAAUUUAUUUCAUGUAGGAGAAAAUUUGGAUAAGAAUUUUUAAGUUACCGUAUAAGUGGAAAUUUUAGUGAGACACAUUUAGCGAUUUGUCCUUUAAAAUUGGUAUUUCAUUUUUGUGCAGAGCAAUUUAAAAUUUUAAUUUAAUAAGGUAUUACAAAUAAAAUGCAAUGAUUUUUUUUAGCGAUUCAUGUAUUUAAUUGUAGCAAUCUUAACACUCUAGCUAAUAAUGCCAAAGUUAAAUCCUCGCUAAAAAUUCUGCUUAUAAGAUAAAAGAUCAUCCGCCUUCUUUAACUUUUUCUCCAUAAUAGGUACAGUUGAAUCUGAACAUGCAUAUAUAAGUGUAAUGAGUAAUGAACGUAACAGACAAUUACAAUUACUUCUAUAAAACGAGCUUAAACAUACUGUAAAUAAAAAAUAAAAUAUACAACACCCGGUGAAUGUAUGUUUCUGAAAUACUGAGAGUUAUCUUUCUUUUGUUACAUUUAUAACCUUUGGAGUCGAAAUAAUUAGCAUCCAAGCGUAUUUAUGUUCCACUUGUAAAAUGCCUGCUUGUACUUACAAAAUACAUAAU